AUGGUCAGCGUGCACUUGGAAAUUAUCAGAAACAUCAUGCAAAAAUAUGAUGAGUGGGUACUUUCACAAUCAUGUGUUUGGUAUGGGGAGUGCGGAAUGAAUCCUGAAGGUAAAAGAUAUAACUGCAAAUAUACAGGACUACCAAUACCAUUACCAAAGGAUGGAUAUGACUUAAUGCAGGAACUCUGCCCAGGUUUACUCUUCGAUAACGUUAGUGUUUGUUGCGAUGUUCAGCAGCUUCAGACUUUGAAAAAUAACUUGCAGCUGCCUCUGCAGUUUCUCUCCAGAUGCCCAUCUUGUUUUUAUAAUUUAAUUAACCUGUUCUGUGAGUUGACCUGCAGUCCACAUCAAGUUGACUUUUUGAAUGUUACAAAUACUAUACCUUAUUAUGAUCCUGUCAAAAAAGAGAACAAAACCAGCAUCACAGAGCUACAGUAUUAUAUUGGAGAGAGUUUUGCCAAUGCCAUGUAUAAUGCCUGCAAAGAUGUGGAAGCACCAUCAAGUAAUGUUAAAGCAUUGGGGAUACUAUGUGGGAAAGAUGCUAAAGACUGCAAUGCUACCAAUUGGAUUGAGUACAUGUUUAGUAAGAAUAAUGGACAGACUCCUUUCAGCAUCAUUCCUAUUUUUUCAGAUAUUUCUCUCCAUGGAAUGAGUCCUAUGAACAAUGCUACCAAAGGGUGUAAUGAAUCUAUGGAUGAUGUUACAGGACCAUGCAGCUGUCAGGACUGUUCCCUUGUUUGUGGUCCCAAGCCUCAGCCCCCUCCACCUCCUGCACCUUGGCUUUUGCUUGGUUUGGAUGCUAUGUAUGUCAUCAUGUGGAUCUCCUACAUGGGAUUUUUACUUGUAUUUUUUGCAGUCAUUUUUGGAGUCUGGUGUUACAGAAAAAGGCAUUUUGUCUCCGAAUACACUCCAAUCGACAGCAAUAUAGCCUUCUCUGUUAAUUCUCGCCAUGACAACGGUGAGGCUUCCUGUGGUGAAAGGCUUGGUGAGAGGUUUGAGAACUGUUUACGGCUCACAUUCACGUCCUGGGGGGCUUUCUGUGUUCGAAAUCCACGGCCUGUUGUUCUCUUCUCUCUGGUCUUCAUUGCCAUGUGCUGUUCAGGCCUGGUGUAUAUCAAACUCACUACAAACCCUGUAGACCUUUGGUCAGCCCCAAGCAGCCAAGCUCGCAAGGAGAAGCAGUACUUUGACGCUCACUUUGGACCUUUCUUCCGUACUGAACAACUUAUUAUCCAAGCCCCACACAGUAAGCCACACACCUACUCACCAGUCCCAUCAGGAGCUGAUGUGCCUUUUGGGCCUCCGCUUGACAAAGACAUCCUAUACCAGGUGCUAGAUUUGCAGAAUGCUAUUGAAAACAUAACUGCUUCUUAUGACAAUGAGACUGUAAUGCUGAAGGACAUCUGCCUGGCUCCUCUUGCUCCCUACAAUAACAACUGCACUAUCCUGAGUGUGCUCAACUACUUUCAGAACAGUUACUCCGUUCUAAACCAUUCAGAUAGCGAUAAGUUCUAUGUCUAUGCUGAUUAUCACACUCACUUCUUGUACUGUGUCCGGGCCCCAGCAUCUCUAAAUGAUACAAGUGAGCUUCAUGAUCCCUGUUUGGGAACAUUUGGUGGACCUGUCUUUCCAUGGCUAGUGUUGGGAGGAUAUGAUGAUGAAAACUACAAUAAUGCUACAGCCCUUGUUAUUACCUUCCCUGUCCUCAAUUACUACAAUGAUACACACAAGCUGAUGAGAGCUCUGGCCUGGGAAAAAGAGUUUAUCAGCUUUGUGAAAAACUACCAGAAUCCAAACUUAACCAUUUCAUUCUCUGCUGAACGGAGUGUUGAAGAUGAGAUAAACCGUGAAAGUAACAGUGAUAUCAAGACUGUUGUAAUUAGCUAUGCUGUCAUGUUUCUGUACAUCUCACUAGCCCUGGGACACAUCAAAAGCUGCGAAAGAUUUCUGGUGGAUUCAAAAAUCUCUCUGGGCAUUGCAGGCAUCCUGAUCGUAUUGAGUUCAGUAGCAUGUUCUCUGGGGAUCUUCAGCUAUUUUGGAAUCCCAUUAACAUUGAUUGUUAUUGAAGUCAUUCCAUUUUUGGUGCUGGCUGUUGGGGUAGACAACCUCUUCAUUAUAGUUCAGACAUUUCAGAGAGAUGAGCGUCUUCCAGGUGAAACUCUGGAUAAGCAGAUCGGCAGAAUCCUAGGAGAUGUGGCUCCUAGUAUAUUGCUCUCCUCUUUUUCAGAGACCGUAGCAUUUUUCUUAGGGACUCUGUCUACCAUGCCAGCUGUCCGCACUUUCUCCCUUUUUGCUGGAAUGGCUGUGUUCAUAGACUUCCUUCUUCAAAUAACCUGCUUUGUAAGUCUCUUGGGAUUGGACAUUAAGCGACAAGAGAGAAAUCAAAUGGAUAUUCUGUGUUGUAUCAAAGGUGGGGAAGAAGAAAGUAGAGUCCAGCACUCUGAGAGCAUCUUGUUGCUGUUCUUCAAAGACUUAUAUUCUCCAUGUCUGCUUAAGGACUGGAUGCGACCAAUUGUGAUAUCCUUGUUCGUGGGCCUUUUGUCAUUCAGUAUAGCAGUUGCUCACAAAGUAGAGAUUGGCUUGGAUCAGUCUCUUUCAAUGCCAGAUGACUCCUAUGUAAUGGAUUACUUCAAUUAUCUCAGCAAAUACCUGCAUGCAGGUCCUCCUGUGUAUUUUGUCCUAGAAGAAGGGCACAACUACACCUCUUUGGAGGGGCAGAACAUGGUGUGUGGUGGAGUGGGAUGUAAUAACAAUUCACUUGUGCAGCAAGUCUUCACUGCAGCAGAAAUUGAUAGCUACACAAGGAUAGGCUUUCCCCCCUCUUCAUGGAUUGAUGAUUACUUUGAUUGGGUUAAACCGCAGUCAUCCUGCUGCAGAGUCUACAACACUACUGGACAGUUCUGCAAUGCUUCAGUUGUUGAUGUAUCCUGCAUGCGUUGCCGUCCACUGACUCAAGAAGGCAAGCAGAGGCCUCAGGGUGGAGACUUCAUGAAAUUUUUGCCAAUGUUCUUGUCCGAUAACCCUAAUCCUAAAUGUGGAAAAGGAGGACAUGCUGCAUAUAGCUCUGCUAUCAACUUCAUAAACAAUAAUUCUGAUGUUGGAGCUACUUACUUUAUGACUUACCAUACAGUCCUAAAAACCUCAGCUGACUUCAUUGAUGCUAUGAAAAAAGCACGGAUCAUAGCAGAUAACAUUACUGAAACCAUGGGCAUCAAAGAAAAGAAUUACCGUGUGUUCCCUUACAGUGUGUUUUACGUCUUCUAUGAACAAUAUCUGACAAUUGUGCAUGACACCAUCUUUAACCUCUGCGUGUCCCUGGGAUCAAUAUUCUUGGUGACGACUGUGCUGCUUGGUUUUGAAGUGUGGGCUGCUGCGAUGGUAUCCAUUACUAUUGCUAUGAUACUAGUCAACAUGUUUGGAAUAAUGUGGCUUUGGGGCAUAAGCCUGAAUGCUGUUUCACUGGUUAACCUUGUUAUGAGCUGUGGUAUCUCGGUGGAGUUCUGCAGUCACGUCACAAGAGCAUUCACUGUUAGUACCAAGGGUAGCAGAGUAGAGCGUGCAGAAGAAGCACUCUCCCGCAUGGGCAGUUCUGUUUUCAGUGGCAUCACUCUGACAAAAUUUGGAGGAAUUGUAGUGUUGUUUUUUUCCAAAUCCCACAUCUUUCAGAUCUUCUACUUCAGGAUGUAUCUAGCAAUGGUGGUGCUUGGAGCUACCCAUGGAUUAAUAUUUCUUCCUGUUAUGCUUAGUUAUAUAGGCCCAUCAGUAAAUAAAGCUAAAACUCGUGCCGCACAAGAAAGAUACAAAGGUACAGAACGAGAGAGACUCCUCUACUUCUAGCCCUUUU